AUGUUUCGUCGUUCAGGUCAAUCCUUUGCUUCUGACCUCGGUCGCCGGUCGUUCUCGGUUUCGGCUUCUCGAAAGAGUUAUGCCGACACUAUACACAACCUACGUAUUCACAAAGACACUAAAGUACUCUGUCAAGGUUUUACUGGAAAAACGGGAACCUUUCACGUGAAAGAGGCUUUAGCUUAUGGAACAAACAUGGUUGGGGGUGUCUCCCCCAAAAAAGCAGGUCAAAUACAUCUUGGCCUCCCUGUUUUUGGUAGUGUCAAAGAGGCCGUUCAGGCAACAAACCCCGAUGCAACAAUCCUUUAUGUUCCUCCCCCCACCGCCGCUGAUGCCAUCAUUGAGGCCAUCGAGAAUGAGAUUGGUUUGAUUGUUUGCAUAACGGAGGGAAUUCCUCAGGCCGAUGAAAUAAAGGUCAUGAAUGCCUUAAAGAGCCAGUCUAAAUCUCGUCUCGUUGGGCCCAACUGCCCCGGUAUCAUCAACCCGCUAGGUUGCAAAAUGGGCAUCCAGCCUGGUCACAUCCACAAGCCCGGAAAGAUCGGCAUUGUCUCACGUUCUGGAACCCUUACAUACGAAGCUGUCGCCCAGACCACCGGUGUUGGUCUUGGCCAAUCCCUCUGUAUAGGCAUUGGUGGCGACCCAUUCCCCGGCACUCAGCACAUAGAUGCUCUCAAAGUUUUCAUGGAAGAUGAUGCGACUGAAGGUAUUGUUGUCAUCGGUGAAAUUGGUGGUUCUAUGGAAGAGGAGGCUGCCGAUUACCUUGAAAAAUACAACAAGACUCGUAAGAACCCCAAACCUGUCGUUGGGUUCAUCGCAGGACGCACUGCUCCUCCUGGGAGACGCAUGGGCCACGCUGGUGCUAUCAUUUCCGGCGGCAAAGGCGCUGCAGUAGACAAGGUUGCUGCUCUUGAGAGAGCUGGUGUUAUAGUGACGGAUAGUCCGGCAAAGAUUGGUGCUGAAAUGCUUAAGGCAAUGAAGGCGGCAGGUCUCGUAUAG